AUGAAGAAAGAGACUGUGUACUGCUGCUUGUCUCUGAUCCCCAGCAGGGACACUGCUCGUUUCUACCUGCUCGGCGUGCUCAUUGCUCUUUACAUGCUGGCUGGAGCUGCCAUAUUUUCUUCCUUGGAGAGACCGGCGGAGUUACAGGCACACCAGCUCUGGGAAAAGAGGCUGAAAGACUUCAUUCGCGAGCAUGAAGUCAGUCGCGAAGACCUGAAAAUGCUGCUGCGCCACUAUGAAGAAGGCAGGACAGCUGGCAUCCGUACAGAUGGAGGAAGAGCUUUAUGGGAUAUGUCUGGUGCCUUCUACUUUGCGGGAACGGUUGUCUCCACCAUUGGAUUUGGAGUGACUGCCCCAUCCACUGUAGCAGGGAAGGUCUUGCUUGUUUUCUAUGGGUUGCUGGGAUGCUCAGCGACACUGCUCUUCUUCAAUCUUUUCCUGGAGAGAGUCAUAACGUUUCUGGGCCUCCAGAUAUUCUGGUGCCACCGAAUGAGAAGCAGAGACAGCGGUGCAGCGGAGGGCAGAGCCAGUGAAGGUAAAAGGAAUGAAGAAUGGAAACCGUCUGUGUACCAUGUCACACUCGUUCUUCUUGUUGUGGUCCUGCUAGUUGCUUUGGGGGCUGCUUCCAUCUAUGCAGCCAUGGAGGGUUGGAAUUACUGUGAGUCGCUCUAUUUCUGCUUUGUGGCGUUCAGCACCGUGGGCUUUGGCGACUUUGUAAGCGGCCAGAGGGAGCACCAUGAGGACACCUGGGCGUACCAGGUUGUUAACUCUCUCCUGAUGCUCCUGGGAGUGUGCUGCACUUACUCCCUUUUCAACGCCAUCUCUGUGAUCAUUAAACUGGGACUCGACCGGAUGCUGAGGACACUGGCCCGGAUGUACAGGGGAAUCUGUCACUUUCGACUUCAGCUCAGACUUCUAUUCAAACUCACUUAUUCUGACUCUGAGACAACUAUAUGUUAUUCUGAGGAUGAUACUCUGCACAGGAAGCCGCUGCAAACUGUUUCCAGUUCGGUCCACAGCAUGCUGUGGCGCUCCCGUGCUCCAAGUGCCAUCGGUAAAUGUCUUUGUGAUGAAGCCGAAGUGGAAACAGUGUGCCACUUUGACUAUGACAGGACAGAAAAAGGGCAAGAUAGUAGCUCAUAUGAAUAUAAUGUUGUCUAUGUUAGACCACUACCCACCGGUAUAGAUUAA